ACCAUUGACAAGAACUCGAGCAACAAUGGGCCGCAAUAGCAGUUACCGAGGCGGGAACAGCGGCGGCGGUCAUCGAAUGAGGCACAUGGCGAUUCCACGCGACGACGCCCAGAUUGCAGCGGACAACGCGCCGACAAGUCGAGCUCAACGAGACCGCCUGGACGAGGACGAGCCAGAGCCCUUCCCGGUCGAUCUAGGCAUGUGGGACUUUGCUCAAUGCGAUCCGAAGCGGUGCUCUGGCAAAAAGUUGGAACGAUUUGGGUUUGUACGCUCGCUGCGCCUGCAGGACAAGUUCCAUGGCAUCAUUUUGAGCCCGAUCGGAACCCGAACCCUCUCACCCGAAGACAAAGACCUUGUGGUCAAGUCCGGCAUCGCCGUCGUGGAUUGCUCCUGGGCGCAGCUAGACGCGGUACCCUUCAACAAGAUGAAAGCGGGUCAUGCGCGCCUCUGUCUUUUGCCUUAUCUGGUCGCUGCGAAUCCUGUCAACUAUGGAAAACCGUGCAAGUUGACGUGCGCUGAAGCGUUUGCAGCUGCGUUUUACAUUGUCGGCUUGAAGGAGCUUGGCUCGCAGCUUCUUGCCAAGUUCAAAUGGGGCUCGCAGUUUUUCUCGCUGAAUUUCGAAUUGCUGGAACGGUACGUGGCAUGCGCCAACAGCACAGAGGUGAUUGCCGCACAGGAGCAAUGGUUGAAAGAGGCCAGCGCUCCACUUGAAGAUGACGGCUUUGAUCUUCCGCCAACCAGCUCAGGAGAGGAAGAUAGCGAUGACGACAUGAUGACUCCUCACAACCCAAACCGACGACCGCAAAUGGGCGACGACAGCGACGAAGAAGAUAAUGAGGAUGAGAAUUCUGAUGACGAUGAUGCUGAAGAUGACGAUAACGACGACAGCGACGACGACGACAAAGAUGAAGCCAGCCAAGAGGACAGCGACGCCGACAGCAGCGAUGAAGAGAGUCAAGACAACAGCGACGACUUGGUUGGGCAAACAGCUGCACUUUCUCUUGGUGGUCGCGAAGGUCGAGGGCACGCUGCUCGCGGAGGUCGCGGAGGCUCAGCUCGCGGCAAAUCUGCCCGAGGAGCACGCGGUCGGGGACGUCGAUGACUGUGAAUCUUUUUGUUGUUGUUGUUCCUUUUCCAUCCUCGUAGAUGUAAUAUCGACAACUUCUAGUUCAUAAUACCCGAUUGAACAAACAUGCAAGGGUGAGAAAAGAAUGAUGGUUUAAUGGGUAAUAUCGAUAAGUUCUAGUCUACAUGUUCAUGUUCGAAUAAUAAUGCAAAGGC